UCUUCUUGGCUCUCCCAUGGAGGAGGCGGCGCUCACUGCAGUCCCGGAUGCACGAACUUCCCGCGGGACGUCGCCGGAGGCGGUGGCCGUGUGCGCGAGCUGCCUGCGUGGGGGUGUGAGCGGGCACCUGGGUCGGGUCCCGGAGGGAGCCGCGUCGCCCGCCGGCCUGCGACUGCCCUAAGGGUGGAACUGCUCUGCCAUGGUUAAAUACUUUAAAUGGGAAUAAAGAAUAGCAUUCCUAAGAAAAUGAAAAUGAAUAAAUCGUCUCUGCUCUUAAAAAGAAAGACCAUAUUUAAUUUACAUAUUUGAAGACUGUACCUGCCUCCAGUACAAGCAGUUUCUGUGUUCUGUGAUCAAUGUCACUCACAGGAACUUAAGUAACAAACGAAAUGAGCCUGGGGCGUGGAAAAUAUGACUUUUAUAUCGGUCUGGGGUUGGCUAUGACCUCCAGCAUUUUCAUUGGAGGGAGUUUCAUUUUGAAAAAAAAAGGUCUUUUACGACUAGCCAGAAAAGGCUCCAUGAGAGCAGGUCAAGGUGGCCAUGCAUAUCUUAAAGAAUGGUUGUGGUGGGCUGGACUGCUGUCAAUGGGAGCUGGUGAAGUGGCCAACUUUGCUGCGUAUGCGUUUGCUCCAGCUACACUGGUGACUCCGCUAGGCGCUCUCAGCGUUCUUGUAAGUGCCAUUCUGUCUUCAUACUUCCUAAAUGAAAGACUUAAUCUUCAUGGGAAAAUUGGGUGUUUGCUAAGUAUUCUAGGGUCUACAGUUAUGGUCAUUCAUGCUCCAAAGGAGGAGGAGAUUGAGACCUUAAGUGAAAUGUCACAUAAGUUAGGUGAUCCAGGUUUUGUUGUCUUUGCAACAUUUGUGGUCAUUGUGGCCUUCAUAUUCAUCUUUGUGGUAGGACCUCGACAUGGACAGACAAACAUUCUUGUGUAUAUAACAAUCUGCUCUAUGAUUGGAGCAUUUUCAGUCUCCUGUGUGAAGGGUUUGGGCAUCACUAUCAAGGAGCUGUUGGCUGGAAAGCCUGUUCUGCAGCAUCCCCUGGCCUGGAUUCUGCUGCUUAGCCUUGUGGUCUGUGUGAGUACACAGAUUAAUUACCUAAACCGGGCUCUGGAUAUUUUCAACACUUCCAUUGUGACUCCAAUAUAUUAUGUGUUCUUUACAACUUCAGUUCUGGCUUGUUCAGCUAUUCUUUUUAAAGAAUGGCAAGAUAUGCCUGUUGAUGAUGUCAUUGGGACUUUGAGUGGCUUCUUCACAAUCAUUGUGGGGAUAUUUUUGUUGCAUGCCUUUAAAGAUGUCAGUUUUAGUCUAGCAAGUCUGCCUGUAUCUUUUCGAAAAGAUGAAAAAGCAGUGAAUGGCAGUCUUUCUAGUAUGUAUGAAGUUCUUAAUAAUAACGAAGAAGGUUUACCCUGUGGGAUUGAACACACUACUGGUGAUACCAUCUCCCGUAGAAAUGGAAAUCUGACAUCUUUUUAAGGAUAUGAUUGAAAACCUAUAAUUGUUAAGUGAUUUUUGAGUAUCAGAAUGUAUCUGGGAAAAAAAAAACUGUCCUCAAAUAAUGUCCUCUGAAGACAAUCUUUUUUAAGUUUUCACUAAUUUGGAUCAAGAAAUUACUUUUCUUAUAUUUAAACAAUGGUAGCUCACUAAAAUGACCUCAGUACAUGGCUAAUUUCUAGUAACAUUGUAUUAUUAUAAAGGUAUUUUACAUUUUUAUUCAUUCUCCAGAAAUCUAAAUGCACUAAUGACAAUUUUAAGCCUAUAAGCCUAUAAAAAUGUUUUAUUUUUUUUCAUUGGUGAUGAACAUUAAAAUGUACAUUUGUGAUUCCUAUUCCAUCAAUCCCUCACCAUACUAAGGUUUUUGAUUAUAAAUAUAUGUGUGUGUGUGGUUCCAAGAAAAUAAUUCUCAGGUGGUGAUUUGUCACCCAAACAUCUGGUUUCCCACUCGAAUUUGAUGGCCUCCUUUUGGAAAGCACCAGUGUCCAUAGUGACUAGAGGUACUUCCUGUGUCCAUAGUGACUAGAGGUCAUCUCAUGUGAGCUCUUGGACAUUUCGGUAUAUGUUCAUGAUGGACUGUGUUGUCAUUCAGCCCUUUUAACAACUCUGGGAUGUCAAAGAUGACUUGUUCAGUUUUUUUUUUUUUGGUUUUUGAGACAGGGUUUCUAUGUGUAGUCUUGGCUGUUCUGGACCUCACUCUAUAGACCAGGGUAGGCUCAGACUCAGAGACCUGCCUGCCUCUGCCUCACAAGGACUGGGAUUAAAGGUGAGUACCACCACCACCUGGCUCAUGCAGUUUGUUAAAUUUAGAAACUCAUGCUUGGAUAAAAUGACAAGUUGGAACAAGGUCCUUACUCUGAUUCCAAAUGCUUAGAUUUAAAAUGUUUCUAAAAGAUGGUCUCUUAUUUUGCUUAAGAGUUUAAACCUUACACAUUUUGGUUUUUUUAGAAACUGUGAAGAAUGUUUAUGGAAAGAUGAGAACAAGUACAAAAAAAACUAGGCCAAUGUUAGGAGCACUUUCCAGCUUGACCUUCCCAUUUCUUAAGUCAUGUAUUGGCCAAGCAAACAAACACACACCCUUCCCUCCAGACUACCCCAUUAACAGGAAGAACUGAAUUUAGGACCUAUGCUUGUUUUCUGUUCCUGACCAUGGCUGCAUAGUGGCUUAGUACCAGCUUUGUGAAAUCUUCAUUUUGGGGAGUGUGGGUGGGUGGGACAGCUUUGUCUUACUAUUGCCACUCUGAGGAGCUCUUACCUUUUUUCUCAGCUGCCAUCUGGGUGUCAAUAUUCUACACAAAUGUUCUUACACUGAGCUACAUUUCCAGCUUUCCUAUGUAACUUCAAUACCAGAGAUAAUAGUUUGUUUUCCCCUUCCCACAGAUAACUGUAAGUCUGUUUAUGUACUGUAUGUCUUAUUUUUGCACAUGUAAAAAAGCCAGUGUUCAUUCCCUUUGGAAUGAAAAGUUUCCUCAUUGAGAAUGUGUUGUACGUAAAACACUUUAUACGUACAUAAUCUUGUAUACAAGCAUUUAUUUGGGCUAUCAUUUGGUAGUAUAGUCAUCAACUUUUAAAAUCUACACUUCAUAGAGUACAGAUGCAAUUACCACUUCAUAUCAACAAAAAUACUUUAGGUAACUUUUUGAUAAUAGGCUUAUUAAAGAUGUAACUCAGGUUUACAGUACAGCAGGAUAGUACCUGUGUUUUAUUUUCUGUGUAAUAAACUCAAAGCUUUUGGA